GUUUGGGUAUGGGCGGACAGAGACAGGAAGCCAGGAGAUGAUUCCUUCAAAUGUUUGUUGCUUACGUGACAUAACUUGUUUGGAAUUAUGUAGCCCUUGACAACUGCAUGGCACACACUUAAAGAUACAAAAGUGAGAAGAAGAAGGGGUCAUGAGAGGAGACUGAAGUCAGUAAGUUUCUACCAAAAGCAGGGUUUCUUCUGGCCACCCCACACUACGCUGAAAUUGCCUUCAGACCUCUGAAGGUGAGUCUGCCCCGCCCUCGGCGGAGUGGCGAUGCCCAGGCUGCCAAGUGCGGUGACCGACCGGGAUCGAUCCCCAGUGGGGUUCCCGCUCUACUCCACGAGACCCCGGCGCUCUGAAACUCCAUAGGCAGGUGGAGCAACCCCCAGCAGCAUCGUUACUAGGGGAGAGCGGAGAGAGUUAGCGAUUGUCCCUGGAGCGGCUAGGAGACUCUGACCCGGAAAGUGGGCUGGGACUUGGGUCAAACUCUGGGAUUCCUGCUCGCCCUUGCCCUUCCCAGCCGGAAAUGGGGAUGACAUCUUUGCUCUUCUGUGGUGUGUCUUUCGCGCUUCCACUUUUUGUGGCAGCAGAUACAUGUAAUGACAGCUAUAUGAACGAUGAGGUAAUUUCAGAGGGCCAGCCUUUUUCUUUCAACUGCACAUAUCCCCCAGUAACAAAUGGGGCAGUAAAUGUGACAUGGUACAAAACACCUAGCAAAAACCCAAUAGCCAACGACAGACACCUUAGAAUUCACCAGGACCAGACCUGGAUUUUGUUUCUUCCACUGGCACUGGAGGACUCGGGCAUCUACCAGUGUGUUAUAAGGAGUGCCCACAGCUGCUACCUAAGAGCUGUGAACCUAACCAUUUUCAAAAAACACUGGUGUGACUCUUCCAUGGAGGAGAGUCCUAUAAAUUCGGCAGAUGAGUUCCAGCAAACAUUACUCAUAGGAAAAUCGGGCAGUCUGAUAUGUCAUCUCGACUUCCCUGAGAGUUGCGCUUUGGAUUCAGUAAAGUGGUAUAAGGAUUGUGAAGAGAUUACAGCGGGGAAGAAGUACCUCCCUUUUGGAACAAAGCUUCUUGUGAACAACAUUGCUGAGGAGGAUGGUGGGAGCUAUGCAUGCUCAGCCAGACUGACACACAUGGGGAGAAACUUCAAGAUUAGAAACUACAUUGCUGUGGACACCAAGGAAGUUGGGUCUGGAGGAAGGAUCCCUAACAUCACUUAUCCAAAAAACAACUCCAUUGAAGUUCCACUUGGCUCCCACCUCAUUGUGGACUGCAAUAUAACAGACGUGAAGGAGAAUACAAACCUGAGGUGCUGGAGAGUCAACAACACCCUGGUGGAUGACUACUACAAUGACUCCAAACGCAUCCGGGAAGGAAUCGAAACCAAUGUGUCUUUGAGGAAUCACAUUCUGUACACAGUAAACAUAACAUUCUUAGAAGUGAAAAUGGAGGAUUACGGCCAUCCUUUCAUGUGUCAUGCUGGAGUAUCUGCAGCCUACAUCAUUCUGAAACGCCCAGCUCCAGACUUCCGGGCUUACCUCAUAGGAGGGAUUAUGGCUUUCCUACUUCUGGUUGUGUCUGCUCUGUGCAUCUACAAUAGCUUUAAGAUCGACAUCGUGCUUUGGUACAGAAGCGUCUUCCACACUGCGCGGGCUCCAGACGAUGAGAAGGUGUAUGAUGCCUAUGUCUUAUACCCCAAGUACCCAAGAGAAAGCCAGGGCCAUGAUGUAGACACACUGGUGUUGAAGAUUUUACCCGAGGUGCUGGAGAAACAGUGUGGAUAUAAGUUAUUUAUAUUUGGCAGGGAUGAAUUCCCUGGACAAGCUGUGGCCAGCGUCAUUGAUGAAAACAUUCAGCUGUGUAGGAGGCUGAUGGUCCUCGUGGCGCCAGAGUCAUCUACCUUCGGCUUUCUAAAGAACUUGUCAGAAGAACAAAUUGCUGUCUACAAUGCCCUCAUCCAGCACGGCAUGAAGGUCAUUCUGAUUGAACUGGAGAAAGUCAAAGACUACAGUACCAUGCCCGAGUCUAUUCAGUACAUCCGACAGAAGCACGGGGCCAUCCAGUGGGAUGGGGACUUCACAGAGCAGUCACAGUGUGCCAAGACCAAGUUCUGGAAGAAAGUGAGAUACCAUAUGCCACCCAGGAGGUAUCCGGCAUCUUCCCAGGUCCAGCUGCUGGGACACACGCCCUGCCAUUGCAAGGCAGGCAAAUGCAAUGCUGCCACAGGGCUCAUAACUCCCUGAGAGUGGUUAGUGUGUGAUCGCUCACACUCUAUCCUCUCUGGAUUGUCUACCCAGGUGGCUGGCUCUUUUGUGCAUGUGAUCCAUCUUGUUCUUGCCCUUGUAGCUUUUUGUGUAUUAGUUUUGUUUGUUGGAUGCUUUCAGUCAUAGCUGAUCAUUAGUACUCCUGUUUGCUUCAUGGCUCCUGAAAACCCAUAUACUCCCCUGACCAUGGGAUGGCUCUAACGUUGGGCUUCCAUGUCAGUGGGAUACUGAGGAUGACAGAUCAGGUGGCGAGGAUGCUCCCGGUUUGAGAUGGGAGGCUGGGCAGUCUGAGGAUGCCAAGUGGAUAGCCUUAGGGAAGACCAGCAAGGACAGUGGUACAAUGUCUUUGUUUGUCCAGAGUCCACCGAAUUCUAGUCCUCAGGCAGUGUAGACUGCAUUGAAUCUCCUUCGUUUUCCUACUGCAUUUAGAUAACUAACCAUUAUGGGAACAAGGACUGGGUGUUGGGGAGAGAAAGAGGUGACAGUCACAAGAUGAAUCCUGGGAAAUCAGACCGGGGAAACCAGCAUUAUGGUGCAGAUCAGAGUUUACUGUGCAACCCUUAAGCUUAUAUAAAGUGUUCAAGCCAAUCCCAAGCCGCUAAACCCUCGGCCAAUCGUAUCUUGCCACAUCAUCAUCAUGCCCCAAUGAAAGCCCUGCCUGAUGAGGUACCUCAAAAGGAGUGGGGGUGGGAGCAUCAUCACCUGUUAGGACUUCUGUGAAGAUGGAGGAAGCCGCCACCUCCCCACCUCGGUUCCUUUUUGUUGUCUCACAGAUGCUCUGGAGCUAUCUUAAGUCUAGUGACAUGUGUAGCGAAUCAUGACUCUUCAAAGAGCUGCCUGUGGUGCCUCACUCUCUGUCCCACUUUUUUCUUCAAAGGGUUGACUUCCACAUCCCCAAACAUGGUACUAACACGAUGCCCCUAGAAGCUGCUUAGAUGUCACCAGGACCAAUGGUCUCCAUUUCCCUCCUUCCCAGCCCCUGUGACUAACUAUUUUAGGAAAUUCAAAUAAGAGACACCAUGCACCAUUUCUCAUUUUAUGACUGACUUCUUUCAAACACCACGGAGUCCUCAAGUGCCCUCAAGGUUCAUCCAUAGAUUAGCCUUUUUUUAAAAAAAUUAUUAUUAUUAUUUUCACUACUCUGUCUUUCUCUUCUUUUUCUUCUUCUUUAAAUCUUUCCCCCUCCUCACGAGCACCCUGAGAGGAGCACAGACUCUCUGCAUGCCCGCAGUAUGGUGAGCUCACCAAGGGUCCCUUCAAUCAUACGCUUGUACAUUUUGCUUUUCGGUUUCUCUUUGCACCAUGGGAAUUGUAACUCCUUACAGAGGAUUUGGGGGUUCAGGUACAGUAAGGUGUUUACUACUUCCAAAGGCGUCACUGACUGGUUCCUCCUGUCUUCCUCACCCUGCAUGGGCUUUUGCUUCUGGUUGAUUCCUGCAAAUUGUCAGCAGUGCUGGAGAAACCUAGGGACGGGGCUGACUAAUGGGACUUGACCUUUCUUUUUUUGAAGCCCAGGACACAGUGCCGGCCUAGUUCCGCUUGUGCUCAGUGGUAACAUUUUUUAGCUGAGUGAUCAACAUCGGAUCCUUUAGUGAGGAGGUGGGGGUAUCUAAUUAGAUUUGGACUCUUACUUCCCUGCUCAUUUCCCUCUGAGAGAUUCAGGAGGCUAUGUCAGGAGCAGGGGGACAUCACCCAGUGUCUUCUCUAUGGGGGCUCCUUGACACACCUGUGACCACUAAUUGUAGAAAAUGUGUUCUCUAGAGGUGAUGCGUUCAUGUCCCUUGUUCUGGCCACACUUAUGGGGACAUUAGCUGAGGCUCUUGUCAGAAAGGAAAGUUAACUCACUUGAAGUAAAUAUUUUCUGGAAAUCUCUGACUUCUGUGAGGUCAAUGGUGCUGAAUUUUUUUUUAAACUGUAUUCUCCUUUUCUGUCAGAAAGCUUUCCUCUUGCCAACAUGUCUUAAUUUUCCUUUUGCUUAAACUUAUUUGAGAUGUAUUAUGAAUGCUAAGAUGGGAGUGUGUUAUGUCAGCACGUUGACAUUUUUAAUAAAGUAUAUUUUAAUAAAACAUGAAUGUUUCUUUGCUCAAA